CAACUUUGAACCAUGAACCAUGAUUUCAAUUGCAGAGUUGGGCGGCUUCUUUCUUGCUGCUAACUCCAAUUGCUAUGGCUACCAGGAAAAUGCGGGCAUUCAAGAGGUGGAUGAAAUCGCAAGGCAUAGACUGCAGCGACGCUUUAGACCUCGUGCUCACAAAUUACGCUUCAUCUCCAUCUCCAUCUCCGUCUUCCUCUUUCUCCGUCUCCGUUAGGGCUUUAUGCGACCUGCAGGAAGGCGAUAUAGUGGCGAGGAUCCCUAAAGGGAGCUGCCUCACUAUCAAGACCUCACGUGCUCGUCCCGUGAUCGAAGCCGCCGGCCUCGACGGCUUCUUAGGCCUCGCCGUCGCCGUCAUGUACGAGCGGAGCCUUGGACCUCUCUCCAAUUGGUUCGUUUAUCUUCAAUUGAUGCCUUUCAGCGAGCCCAUUCCCCUCCUCUGGUCCGAUCACGAAAUCGAUUCUCUCCUCGUCGGAACUGAGCUCCAUAAGAUGGUUAAAGAAGACAAGGAUCUCAUCUAUGAGGAUUGGAAAGAGUGCAUUCAAACACUUCUGGUUUCUGCUCCAUUAGAGCUUAACCCACAGUUUUUUGGCAUCGAACAAUAUUUUGCUGCAAGAAGUCUCAUUGCUUCUCGCUCAUUUCAAAUAGAUGAUUACUAUGGAUCUGGAAUGGUUCCUUUGGCAGACCUGGGAAUUGCAGGGGAACGUGAUGGUACCCAACCUUGUUUCUGCUUUAAUCACAAGACUGGUGCUGAAGAUGUGCACUUCACAUCUCUAGUUUCUGAAGUUGAAUCUGAUCAGGAUGCAGACAUUAACCCAAGGAAUGAUGAAUGUGAAAGCCACAUGAAUGAUACACUUUUAAGCGAAAAUUCUUAUGAAAGAAAUGGGUCAUCUGGUGGGAGUGAGUUUGAUUGUUCUUCAACUUCUGGAGAUGAUCUUACAGUUUUGGAGAUGAUAAUGGUUAAAGGUGUGAAGACGGGAAAUGAAGUCUUCAAUACGUACGGAUCUUUAGGCAAUGCUGCAUUGCUGCAUAGAUAUGGCUUCACGGAGGCUGAUAAUCCUUUUGACAUUCUCAACAUAGAUCUUGAACUGGUAGAUCAGUGGAGUUCUUCUUUGUUUUCUCGUCGCUACCAUAGAAGGAGGCUGUUGCUGUGGAGAAGGUUAGAUUACUGCGGAUGUGUUAGUCAGAAUGUUGAAUAUUUCGAAGUUUCGUUUGAAGGGGAACCCCAAGUUGAGUUGUUGGUUUUGCUUUACAUAAUGCUGUUACCAGAGGAAAGUCACAAUGAACUUGAUCUCUUAGUUUCAUCCAUGGGGAAUAUUUGCAGACCUGCAAAUCAGUCUUUGUCGGAGAAAUUUUUUGUAGCUUUUGGGAAGAAAUCAGAGUUGAACAAGGAUUUGUUGCUGACAGAAAGUGUUCGAGCUGCUUUAUUAUCACUAGCUGAUAUUCGUGAAAGUUUAUAUGGUUCAAGUUCUCUAGACGAUGAUAUCGAAGCAUUAAACAACUGUGAUAGCUUAAAAGAACCCAAUUUUUAUUAUUCAUUGUUGCUUCGCAUCAGCGAGAGAAGGAUUCUUGACAAGUUCAGAUCUUAUGCCACUUGUGGUGCUGAUUUUCCGAGAACAUCCAAGAAAGCUAUGACGAGAAGCAAAAUGAGCAGGACAUAAUGUCCAUUUUGGAGCUAUUUUAAUAAUUUAUCCCACAAUGUUGAUACUGGCAAAGAUGAUCACUUGAGUUGGAGUAACCUGCUUUUGUUGUUUUACUUGAGAGCGGAAUAUUUUCGUCUUUUUGAACUCUAAGUGGACAAUUGUUGCGUGGAGACGCGUAUCUUUUUGGUAUUGCUCUCUGUUGGAUUUUUUCAUGGUAUACUUCUGGUUGGAUGUAACUUCAUUUGUCCCAAAAUUGCUCCACAUCAAAGCAGUGAUUUGCAGAGUCAAUGGGAAGUCUCGUGUAGUCACUAGGGCUUUCUACAAAGGGAGAUGGAAGUAUGGAACCAAAGAUGUCUCUAAAGCAGUGUUAUAAACCUCGUCUGGCUCGGUGGUUAAACCAGUUAAUCUGAUGAACUGACCAAUUAGGGGGGCAGGGUCUAAAAUUAGACCGGAUAGGGAAUAAUCCCGUGACUCAAUAGGGUGUGUUUGGGACGAGAUGAUUUGAGAUAAAAUAAUUUGCUUU